GCACUAUAUAUUGUUUUAGUAGUUAGGAAUAAGGGGGAAUGCAGACUCAUUAAGAAAACUUUUACCGUGAUGCGUGUUGCACCUUGCACUGUUUUCCUGACUAACUAUGGCAAAUUAAAUUGCUGUUGACUGGAAUAUUCAACCAGUAGGAUGGGGGGAGAACACAACACUUUAAUACCCAUACCCAUAUCAUUUCAGCAUUUUUGAGAUAUUUUUCUUUUUUUAUUUAUUUAUGUAUUUAUUUUUAUUACAGAGUUAAGUAAUGAUGGGCAUAGGAUUUAAUUUAGACACUUUUAUUAAUUAUUUAGCCUGGGGCCCCAGAGUUUCGGGGGCCUCUGAGCAGUCACGUACCCUUACCUAAUGGUAACACCGCCCCUGAUGGAUUUUAAUCUGAAAUUAUGUAACAACUCCGUUUGACACGCUCCCUUUCCUUUGUUUUUCCUUGUUCUUCUACUAUGCCUCCCACAUGACCCCUUGAGAGAGAGAGGGUGAACCCUCGCCCGUCGGACGAUUCGUUGGGAGUUCCCUCGUUUCGUGAACAGCACAGAAGUCUUUGGUCCACGAUGAACAGAAGACCGUGCAGAAAGGAAACAUGAGGGAACGUUCCCGAGACUCCUUCCAUAAACAUGAAGUACCUGCUCGUUUUCCUGACCGCCGUGCAGCUCUGGAGACAACACGUCGAAGCGGACCAGAGAGGAAGGGUUCCGCUUGGAGAUGAAACCAUCUUACUCUGCGAAAUCAGCGGCACAAGUGAUCGUCUGUCCCAGAUCACAUGGCAGAGAACGAUCAAAGGAAAAGCACCAGAUGAUGUUUUUCUCACAAUUCAGCCUAGAAUUGGACCCAAGUAUAGCAAUGGAGAAGACUUACGAUUUCAAUUUAUUGGGAAUUUUGAUAAGAAAAAUGGAACUCUGAAGUUUUCUAAUGUAACACUGAAGGAUGAAGGAAGCUACACAUGCAUCUUCAGCUUAUUCCCCAGUGGAAAACAAAGCAGAACUUCACAACUUGUUACACUUGUGCCCCCAAAUACAAAUCUGAUGUCUUAUACACCCAUUGAGGGAAAUGAGGAGGUUCCUCUUGCAACCUGCAAAGCUGCUGCCUCCAAACCUAAGGCAGAGGUGAAAUGGAUCAAAGAUUCUCUGGAAGGAAAAGUUCGAGAAGAACUCAAUGAAACUCAGCAUGCUAAUGGGACGACCACCAUAUGGAGUACGCUGGUUGGAAAACCUGUGAGAGAGAUGAAUGGUCAAUCGGUGAAGUGUGUCAUCUCAAGUGAGACAAUGAAAGAAGAAAUCCUGGAAACCAACAUCCAGGUCCUCUAUUCCCCUGGAGAAGUGACAGUAACAGAAAGAUCCGAAGACUCAUUCGAGUGUGCAACUGAAGCCAACCCGAACGCAACAUUUACCUGGACCAGGGUUGGCCAGUCUCUUCCUGCGUCCGUCAUAGUGGAGGGAGGAUUGCUGCAGUUUCCGAGCAGAACCAGCGACCUUUCCGGCCUUUACCAGUGUGAAGCUGAAAACACGGUUGGAAAGACACAGUCCUUCGUCUUUGUGCAGAUCUCUUCAGUAUCUGCUGUUGUUCCUUGGGUUUUGUUUGCUCUGCUAUUGGUCCUAAAUAUAGCUGUGCUGGGGUAUUUGUGUUUUUCUGGGAAACGUUCAGGGUGGGAAUGUUUUCUCUGGAGGAAAGAACAUCAACAAAAUAACUUUUGUGAGAACAGUCCUUUCCAGGGAUCCGUCUAACUGCUGGGAAAAAGAAGACUCCUGAUUGAAAAGAUCCAGUUGCAAGUUCUGCAAAUUGUUUGUUAUCCGUUAGAAAACAUUUCAGUUCCUGACAGAAGAAACAAAGAAGUGUUAUUUUGUCCUGUUCUCAAGAGACAUCCGUUCAAAUUUAAAUUAUUUUUAACUUCAAGUUUCACUCCAGACUCCCUUUGUUUCACUUGAGUCACAUUUUUUUCAGGAGUUUAAAUGGAGGUAAGCCUCGUAAAAAUGUGUAUUUUUACAUUUGUCUGACUUUUUGUUGUACAUUUCAAAUGUGUGUUUUGGCUGGAACAAUAUAAAAGUUAGUAAAAAUACACGGUUCUGUUGUUUAACAGAUUAAUUUCUUUAAAAUCCAAUCCUAUGCUUAUGAGCACGGUGCUCAUCUUAUCCUAAAGUUUGCAUUACAGCACAUCAAACUGAGGGAAAAGAUUGAUAAAUCUCAACAUUUUAAGUAAAAAAUAAUAAACAAGUUUUAUGUAACAAAGGUUCAGUUCAGAACAUUUUUGUUUUAAUAAGAAUACUACAGAAAGCCGUUUUCUGUUAUUUUGAAGAUAUUUACCGAUUAUAUAUUUUCAAUGAAAAACAACCAAUUAUUGACAAUGUUAUCUGGAGGGACUCCUCCCAGAUGAUGAAUCGGUUCAAAGUUUAAGCUAAUAUGUGUCAGAGGCUUGCUAAACCAGAAAGUCGUUAACUUUUAAACCACAAAUCGACUAUAGCUUCAAGGAAUAGGUAUCGGUAUUGGGAUGGCUGGAAGAGUGUGUGUGAGUCAUGCAGGUGUGUGUCUUCAAUGAUCAUGAGAAGAGGUCUUAUCAGAAACUACAGAUGUUUGAACUUCCUUCAAGUGAAAAGAAUAAACCCAGUGGAGAUUGGCCUGAUACGAGAGCAGUGAUCAAACACUCCCGUUCUGAGAAGACUGAUAGCGUAGCCGUCAGUUUGUUAGCACGAUGUUGCUGUUAUUGCAUCAUUAUUAUGCAAAUGUUUUUUUUGUUUUGAGCAGUGAACUUAAGCCACGUGUACAGCGGGUGUAGUGUAACAGCAUAAUGAAUCAUCCUUAGAGGCUUUAAUUUUGUAGGCUGUAACAACCCAUCAGUCACGGUGGGAGAUGACAGAUGUCUGCAUAAUGUCGCCGCAUUUCAUCCUUUCAUGUAAGCCUGGCUCUUUAACAUGAACUACAAUUACUGAAUCAUAAAGCACAUGGGAUCUGGUUUCAUCAAACACAAAGCAGAGCCUUCUUUAAAUAAAGAGGUAUCGUCUGCGUAAAAACACCAGAAAAAUCCCUCCGAUUGCUUUCAAAGGAAACCUGUUGCUUCAGGAUAAUUUAUAAGCCCAUAAGUGUCAUAAAAGUCACUUAAAGGAUUGGUCUUGUAUAGAAUUUCGUUUGUAUCCUUUGAACCCUUUGACUAAAGGUUUUUGACCCCUUCAGGGUCGAAUUACCUGGAAGACAUCUGUUAAAGGUGUUGCAGAGAACGGUUUAGGCAUGCAAAUGUUUGACAAAUGCAAAUGUUAAUCAUGCAAAUCUUCCCUAAACCUUAGUAAAAUCAGGUGAUAAACAUCUGAACGGACCCAGUUUUAGAGCUAGCUUAAAUGCACACCUGGUAGAAAAUACCUUAAAAUUAGGUUUUAAAAUAAGAUAUUUUAGGCCGAAUUCGAAGUCUUUCUUACAUUUAGCUCUCCAAACUGGAAAAAUAAGGAUCUUUAAAUUCGGACGUCAUUCUUGUACAAUAGUUGCCGGUCAGGUACGUUAGCGCAUAGCUGCUAGCGCUCGUACAUACAUAAUACUUUAUAACUUUAAAAGGUCGUGCUAAAACAAACAAAAAAAAACCAUCAUGACCUACAUUUAAACUUCUAUACUACAGAGAACACCCACGUGAAAAAAAUGUGUUUUUUCCAUCACGGCACAGCGCAGUGAGGGUUCGCCCCUCAAAAAAUUAUUUUGGACUUCCCUACCCUUUCAAAUUCUCCUACAAUAUGAGGGAUAGGUAAAAAAUGUACUAUCCAUACAUGCGUGCUCAUCUGGAGAACAGACUGAACUGUAGAUAAAACACUGACUUACUUUACAAACACAGACACACCUUUGCUAAUCUUAAACCUGAACUAAUAAUGCCGUCAAGUUUCCAUUAGUGUUAAAGUCUUCACAUUCCCUGGAAGGGCUGUGUCAAUGUCAAACAAUGACUCUGCUCAGCACACAUCCUGGCUGAGUCACCUUCGGGGUCUCUGGGUUUACUGAAGCCAACCCAGCUGCUGUUUGGUAAAGGUGAGGUACGCCUUGAACAGGCUGUGUCAGUUUCAGGACCACACACUCGCAUGCACAGCUAGUGGGGUCUAGAAACACCAGUUAACCAAUGAGGUAUGUUUUUGGACUGUAGGAGGAAACCCACUAAUGCACAAGAAAAAUGUGCAAACUCCACACAGAAAAGUCUCAGAUGGGAUUUGAGCCAUGGCUGUGGGGCGAGAGUUCUAACGGUUGAGCCACCUGUAUGAAAAACACGUUAUGCAAAUGUGUUUUUUUAUUGUAGUCUUGGCAAAAGUAAACCAAAAGAGGCCUGUAGAAGGAAAUUUGUCAAACUUGUUAUAGAUGUAGAAAGUAACCCUCUAUUUGAGCUGAAGAUCAAAUUAAUCCUCUGAAGUUUGAUAUCAAUUUUUGCUAACCUGAUCAAUGUCUGUCUUAAGGAAAGACAAUAUAUUUCAAGAAAAUUGUGAUAAUCAUGUUUAUUUAACGUUUAAUUACGAGUAUGUUGAAUUAAUUGAAAAGGAAAGCAUAUCCAUAAAAGUAUUAGAACAUUUUUUUUAACUGUCAACUAUUUUAAUUGACUAUCAAAGUGGUGUAUUUGGCUAAAAUAAUCAAAAUCUUGGAAAACUUUUUCCAGUAAUGCACUUAAAUGUAUCAAGUAUUGCAUAUUUGACUAUUUCAGUCAAGAUUGUCGUGACAAAAAAAGAGAAUUGUUUAAAUUGCAUAGCAAAAGUUUUUCUUUUUUCAUUCUCAAAACCUUGAAUUGAACUUAUUCGUAUCACAAGGAGAAAUUAUUUAUUUAUUCAUUAAUCUUUUGUACUUCAAUGGGAGUUUGUUGGGUUUCUAUUGUAUCUGCAGUCAUGGAAGAAGUGGGUUGUGUUAACAAGAGACAUCUGUUUGUCAAGAACAGAUUUAUGACAGAAACAAGUGCAGUAAAAGACCAGAUAAAGCAUUCCUGUGUCGUUGCCAUGGUUACACAGCUGGUGACAGUAAAGCCUUAAAGUCGCAUGAACCUCUAUGGGGGCUGUCAACACAUUCUCAUUCCCAACUUGUCACAUAUUGGUGUUUGGUUAAGGACCCCUCCUCGUCACUUUUUGACAUUUUGGGCGUCCCCAACUUGUCGUUUUUAAUGCGAUUGUUGUUCGUAAAAUCUGCAACCCUAUGGAACGCGGUACCGGAUGCGGAGCAGGCACGGAUUGGUCAUCAGGACAUGUCCAGUACCGUUACCUGUACCCAGUACUAGUGCCCUUGUAGGUACCACAUGUGCAAGAUCGGCCCAGGGGCUUGCGACUUGAUGGUGUGUAAGAUUGCUAUUGGUCCGGACCAUUAGACCACCAUCACGUGACAGGAAAUGACACGCAUGCGCCAUUACAAUACAUGGGGUCUUCCCGAGUAAAAAACCGAGGAGGUCCGAACAAGUACACAAAGAAUCAAAACAGAGGGCGCAAUAUUUGCAAUCAAGCGCAAAAACCUUGACAGCAAAAUAAUCCGAUUGAGGGGAAUCAUCACAGGAUGAUGACCGUUAUUUUAAUAGAGAGAAAUCAGGCUGGGAAGCGUGAAGUUUGUGCUGAAGUGGGUGCUCGGGAGCACGAUCUUCCAGGCUGAGCACAUGUGGUACCUACACCCUAUCCCGCUACCGGUUUGCACCCGGUACCGCAUCUGGUACAGAUUCAGGUCCGGUAGCGCUUCCAGGUUUGGGUGCCGGUACUGGACUGGUUCCGGUUUGCGACCCUGAGGUUGGGGACUGAUGACAUCAAAGACGAUGAGUUGGGAACACCCAAAGCGUCAAAAAGUGUCUUCAACUAAACGUCAAUAUGUGACGACUUGGGAGUGAGAAUAUGUUUGUGCUGUGGGUUUUGGGAUUUGUAGGGAGGAGGUGCUGCAUCUUAGGAGGGGCGCAAGGGGGUCUUGCAGUUCUUUUGAGCCUCAUACGGCCACCUCAUGAAAAUGUAUGUUGCAGAAUUGUGAAAUAUUUGUAAGAAUAGGGUAAGUUACACGCACUUAUGAUGUACAGGUGAUGCUAUCAUAGGGCGUCCUUUUCGCCGCACUCCAGUUGUUCAAUAUGUGACUGUGCACGUUCACAUAUGGAAGUACCCAUUGGGUAUUCACACAAACUACCCUCCGAUUGUCUAAUUUUUUUUCAUUUCUAACAGUCAAGGGACUCGCACACCUUUUACUUGAACAACCCUAAAAUCUGCCCCGCCCUUUUUUCGCCCAUCGAUGGCCUCCAUUUCCUUCCCUAAGGACAGUUGUGGCAGUUUUGUCAUUUCUGUGUUUUUAUUUUCCAGUUACCUGUAAAGGUUGAAAUGAUAGUAUGGCUUCUUAUCACUUUGAGAUGAAUCAUUCCUGACCUCAACCGUGUCCCACCCUAUCUGCCCAUAUGUCAUAGUGUUCUUAGCAGAGAAACUUCUGGUGGUCAUAGGUCGGAACAAGUGUUAUUUUAGGCAGCAGAGUCACUAUUAGUGUGUGUGUGUGAACAGGUUUAUAACUGUAAAAUGUUUUGGGCCUUAAAGCAAGUGAAAUAUUUACCAUUUAGAACAAAAUAGGUCGAAUUGAUUUGUGCCUUUCAGUGUUUUU